GGUGGGCUUGCUGAUUGUCUGCCAGUCUUGAGACCCCUGCUGGAUAUGUUGGACGUAGAGGCAGAGGUUCUUGAUGACGAGUCUGGAUGGAUUUACCUACAGCUGUCCUACAGAUGUGGAUUUUGUUUCCAGAUUACUUAGGGAGUGACAUUCAGCUGUCUUUGCUGAAAAACACGGGGUCAAGUCAUAUCUUUCCUAAGACCUGAUUUUUUAUAUCAACCUGUUGUUCGGUGGUUUGCUUCUGUCCUGUUGUGAGAUGAAACGUUUCGAAUAGCUGUUCCGAUACACUUUUUUUUUUUAAACAGUGUAUUAAUACAGCACAUUUUUCUUUCAAGAUUUGUGAACCAGGACCAAGUUGGACAAGGAUUUUGUUUUGACCGGGCGUUAGACUGAUCUAGAGAUGACUGGAGCCUUGCAUGCUGCACUAAUACUGUUUUCUGUGGUGGUUGUGUGUGAGACUGAGCCAACUCACGUUGGGACUGACAGAGUGGGCGAUUCGCAUGGACAGUCCAAAUUGGUUCACUUAUCCUCUCACUGGGCGUUCGUGCUGGUCAAUGACUCACUAGACUUUUCCAGGGCCGAAAGCUCCUGCAGAAGUCAGUUUAGCUCACUCGCCAUCUUGGACCAAUUGGAGCUCCGGGAAGGGGCAUUGGAGUUGCUGCGUCAGGCCGGACACCAGUCACACGUCUGGAUCAGCAAUCCCUCCAAAUUGCCAUCCGAGCCUUUGCCCCUGUCCAAGCAGUAUUUGCAGUUCUCAGCUCUAAAUUUUCCCAAAACAUCCAGAGAAGGCUUUGCUCGUGUGAAUAGGCCCUUCCCCGCUCUGUCAUCAGUCAGCGUGUGUGUUCGUAUUCAGUGGGACCCAGAAUGGAAUGAAGUGUCCACCAUCUUCUCCUAUGCUGCACGUGUUUUUACCAAUGAAUUCCUACUACGAGGUCAUGGUGACAUGCAGGGACGGAUCCUCUUGGCACUCAUUGUCCACGGGAAACACCUUCCAUAUAAAGCCUGUUUCCCUAAUGAUGGUGGAUGGCAUCACAUCUGUGUCACUUGGAGCAGCAGUCUGUGGGCCAUCUAUGUGGAUGGUGAAAGGAAGGACGAGGGAUCAAGCUCAGACACUUCUCGAGAUAUCCAUGCUGAUGGGAUACUUAUUCUUGGCCAGGACCAAGACUCGUUUGGAGGGAAUUUCACGGAGCCUUUUUUUGGAAAUAUCACUGACUUAAAUGUUUGGAAUAUUUCUCUGGAAAGCCGCCACGUCCGUGCUUUGAAUGGAUGCUCGGCCAUAAAUCAGGUCAUGCUUUUCAGUUGGAACCUUGACCAUCUCAUCAAUCACCCAGCCGUCAAGGAAGUCCGAGUUCUUCUGUUUUGUCCAGCAAAACACCAGCAGAUGGCGCUGCAAGGCUGCAGAACGCUGCAGACCCGGUCAGAUCAGCACCCAGUCAUGAGUCUGUUGGACUGCUCUGAGCCACUGCCAUUUAUCUGCGUGAGUAGCAGAGAACGCUACUUGAGGAUGAAACAGAUCAGUGAUUCCCAAAGCUCUCAACCCACUGCCUUUAUGACUCAUCUGAUGAAACUUUCCAAUAACAGCCAGGUAGUCCUGGGACAGCAGUCAUCGGGGCUGAGCAGCCUGGCCGAAGCUUCCGUCCUGCUGGACGUGUCUGUCCAAGCUCUGCAGGACACGAGGCAGGAGGGACUUCAGCCAACGGACAUGGUUUCCCUCAUCCAGUUGCUGUCUCAGGCUGCUGAUGUCCCCUCACAGUUUCCUGAUUCCGCCAACCACACCAAGGAGAGCAUCCAGCAGCUAAGCCAGCACUUCAUCAGUGUGGCCGACAGCGUCAUCAGCCAGGACAAUGCGUUUAAGUGGCAGGCCAUCAAAGAGGUGGUGAAUGGUCCCAUGGAUGUGGUGAAGAGUAUUGACCGGAUGGUGACCAGCUUGAGCCCCGGGUUGAUGGCAGACAGGGAUCACCUGACAUUUCACAGCCCCAACAUCAAAUUAUCCGUGCAGCAGCAGAAGCUUCAGGAAUCACCCAAAGGAACCAGUUUCUGUGGGCCUGAGGCUGAGAAACACUCUUACUCCGACUGUAUUUCAGUCCCCCAUCAAAAGAUCCAGGAUCUCCUUAACAAAGGAUUCCAUCAACUCACCCUGGUCAACACGUGGUAUGGAUCUCUGCGGCCUCUUUUCAAUCCGGAAGGAAACAUCAGCAUGGUUCCGACUGUCACGGAUGGCAGCCAAAGGUAUUUGGGUACGAUUCUGGGCUCCUCCGUCAUAUCCACAACAGUGCUGGGAGACAACCAGCACGUCAGUACAGCGGUCCACUUUCAACUCCGUCACAAAAUGCAGAACACUGCUGGUGCCGUAUAUGAUCCAGUGUGCGCUUUCUGGGAUUUUAAGAUCACUCCAGAGGCUGGUGGGUGGUGGAAUACCAAAGGGUGCGAGGUCGUUUCCAAACACUAUGGCUACACAGUGUGCUACUGCAAUCACACUACCAAUUUUGCAUUGCUACUUCAGGUCUAUGAAGCCCAGCCGAGCCCAGAAAACAAAAAAGCUUUGCAGGUGCUGACGUUCAUUGGCUGUGGAGUGUCUCUGUGUGGCCUCCUCUUCACCUUCAUCCUCUUCAUUGCUGUGGGGGUUCCUAAAUCGGACCGUACCACCGUCCAUAAGAACCUGAUUGUCGCUCUCAGCAUUGCUGAGUUGCUGUUAAUGUGCAGUGACUGGGCGUCUGCCAAUGAGGGUGCCUGUUUUGUGGUGACCGCGCUGCUCCAUCUCUUCUUCAUGGCCUCUUUUUCCUGGAUGCUGGUUGAAGGUUUGCUGUUGUGGAGCAAAGUAGUGUCUGUCAACAUCAGUGAAGACCGCAGAAUGAAAUUGUACUACAUCAUUGGCUGGGGACUACCUGUUCUAAUAGUUGUCGUAACACUGGCAGCUACAGUGAAUGAGUACAAGGCCGAUGGUCACUGCUGGCUCAAUCUGAAGGCUGGCACAAUCUGGUCUUUUGUGGGACCCGUGAUAUUUGUUUUAGCGGUCAAUUCAGUUGUGUUGUGUCGGGUUGUCAUGGUGACUGUUUCCAGCGCCCGUCGUCGUGCUAAGAUGCUCAGUCCAAGCUCAGCAUCCAAAAUGCAGACCUUUGACCUCACCUGGGCUGUGACUCGACCUGUUCUCAUUCUCCUGCCCGUCCUGGGCCUGACCUGGCUGUGCGGAGUACUGGUCCACCUGUCUGUUGUAAUCGCAUAUAUCUUCAGUGCUCUUAAUGCCUUCCAAGGCCUGUAUAUUUUCUUAGUUUAUGCCGUUUACAACAGUGAGGUCAGGAAUGCCAUAAAGAGGAUCAAGGAAAAGAGAAAAGCCUUAUCUUUCACAAAUUGUUCUCAGCCAACCACCUUCGUAACUUCUCAGAGAGCUCCCAUAAGGUCUUGGGACCGCAGCCCACCCACCCCUUCCAGUCCUGAAACCAGUGAAACCUCUGGGCCUCCCAGUUCCAGUUCCGCUUCGCUUGUUAUCAAGAAUGAGAGUUUCCGAAAAGAAAGCUUUGUGAGUUUCUCAUUGAAACCAGCACCGGGAAACCAAGUGGUGCAGCUCACAGCAUUCAAACCAGCAGGUUGUUGAACUGAAAAUGGAGUCCCAUCCUGAUACUCAAUACAUCGUAACCUUGGAUCACAUUGAAAGAGGGUGGAACUGGACACACAAUAUGAGUGCUCGGCGACGACACACAAACACGGCGGUCUUGCUGGUGUGGAUGAAACUGAAAAUAAUGGAUGAAGUCCUCCAUUUGCUUAUACACUAACGAUGUUUGGUUCUCAGAUCAGAUCAAUGCAUAGACCCACAUCAUCACUGAGCCCCACACUGUAAUUGCAUACAUUAAAAACAGAACAUGCAUGUUUUAAAAAAUAUUUAACAAUCUCUGCUCGCCAUAUUAAUGCCAAUUACGUACUUCUCAGACUUUACAAAACCUGUUGAGGAAGGACCAAUAAUGUCAUGCACAUCUUAUAUGAUUAGAAAGUAUGCGUGGGCUGAACAAUGUCAAGCAUUUGUUUACUUGAAGAGAAUAGCAUGCUCAGAAUCACAUGAAAACAUCAUCUUCAAAUUUUCACAAUUUAUUUUCAGUCUCGAACAUUUCGCGAAGAACAAACUGUCAUAAAGAAGUGGAAGCUGUGAACAGUCUGGUGGUUGAGCUGAUCGCAUCCUGGUAGAAAUGGCCGAAGGGAGAAAUACAAUUGUAAAGUGUGACGUUUUGGUUCUGUAAAAAAAAAAAAAAAAAAGAAGAAAGAAAGGGGGAAAGAAGACAUCCAUUUCUCCAAGUAAUUACUGAACUUUUAAACAUCCAAUCUGAAAAAGAUGCAAAUCCUUCAUUUGGGAAGAGAGGAGAUGUUUAAUUUGGGGAUGUUUCGAACAAGGGCAGUUUUCAUAAUGAAUAAAUCAGACUCCUGUUACACAAGAAUUAGUGCUUCACUGAUCCAUUCCUGAUAAAGUUCAGCUAAGCUAGUCAGAGUUAUACGGUGUGUGUGUGUGUGUGUGUGUGUGUGUGUGUGU